AUGGUGACAGCUAUCGUGUUACUGAGCGUCUUCUUUGUUUCAGGUGCUUUGGCUUUUUGUCGUCAUAUACCAUCCCUGUUCAUUACUGCACCAAAGCAGAUGGAAGCACUGAGUGGAUCUUGUCUGCAAAUCCCAUGUAACUUUAGUGCUGAAGUAAGCCAGGAGUUCGACGGCGCAAGAACAACCUUCGGAGUGUGGAUUAAAAGUGAUUCCAAAUUCGGCACCAGUCCAAACAAUGUGAUUUUCAACAGUAGCAGGAUGAAUAAUAUCUAUCCAAUGAGUCUUACUGGAGACCUGAGUCAGAAUAACUGCACCACUUUAUUUUCCAGUUUAAUCACAAGUUACACAGACUGGUACUACUUCAGAAUUGAGAACGGACCAUUCGGGUCAACAGCUUCUUGUGAUCCUCUUCAAAUAACAGUCAAAGAUUCUCCUCCGAGGCCCAGAAUUGAGAUCUCAGGUGAUCUGAAGGAGAAGCAGUCUGUCACUAUAACCUGCUCAGCUUUCACUCCCUGUCCACACUCCCCUCCUGAACUCACCUGGACUCUCCAACAAGACCCUCACAACAAAAUAGAGGAAAACACAGAUCGAACCUUCACAACUAAAAUCCAGACGACCUUCACUCUGUCAGACGAACAUGAUGGAUUCAACAUCACCUGUUCAGCCAGAUAUCCUGUAAAUGAAGGAAAAGACAUCAAGACAGCAGAGGAGAGAACGACGCUCAGUGUUUCAUAUGCUCCCAAAGACACCUCAGUGUCCAUCAGUCCAUCAGGUUUGGUGCCAGCAGGUAGCCUGGUGAACCUGACCUGCUCCAGCAGAGCCAAUCCUCCUGUCAUCCGCUUCACCUGGAUCAAGACCAGCAAAGACAGACCCGUCGGUGUAUUCGAAGGGAAGUUUCACAGCUUCAAGGUGACCUCUGUGGCAGAUAGAGAAGAUUAUUACUGUUUGGCCACAAAUGAUCUCGGUAGUCAGACGUCAUCAGGGAUGAAUAAUGCAGAUAAUCCAGAGUUUGGGGCUGUCGUCUACGUUACACUGAAGAUCCUGGGAAUCGUAGCGCUCUACAGUACAAUCAUCAUCUUUGAGGGGUGGUUUAGAUCAAGAUGCUGCAACAAACCAGUGAAGGACGCAGUAGAAGCAGACUAUGUCAACAGAGUGAUUGAGAUCCAAGCAUCAUGAAGGAGAAGAAGAUGAUGUCAUGUUCACCAUAGAUGGAAUAUUUCUCUAUUUCUUAUUCAGCUAAUUCUUAAAUAUUAAAUGGCUUUACUUUGCAGACGAUUGGUAAGAUGAACAGAGUGCAAACAGGACAUAAAAUAACAUAAAUAUAAUAUAUAGCAGCUUCAUCAUUAGUUUGUGUAAGAUUGUGCUGAUUUAUGGCAUUAUUAUGGUAAUUAUUUUUCAUUGCCUCAACGGGGUUUCUUUGCAUGUGAAUAUAUAUAUUUUUGACAGAAGGACAGUUAAAUUCAGGUGAUGAGAAAGCAGAAAGUGUUCAUUUUUAUCAGGUAUUUUCUCAUUUGUGUUUGUAUAUACAUGUGUAUAAGCCUGCUGAA